CGGGCGCCUGAUCGCGAGUUGCAUCUGUCCCCCAUGUCCCGCUCGACAAACGGCCGACCUGAGCCAGAGGUCAUCGUUCAGUACCUCGAUGGCUUCGCGUACAACAAAGUGAAGAUGGAGGAGGCUUUCCUCCCCGGCGGCUUCCUCGCGGAAAAGGUCGCGCAAAAGCCCCACACGCCAGCGAAGGAUCCGAAUGUGAAGAAGGAGGACGUGGAUCUGAUUAUCCAUGAAUUUGAGAUUCCUCGUGCGAAGGCGGAGAAAGUGCUGCAACAACAUGGUGGUGAUAUCAGCAAGGCAUUGCGGAGCCUCGUCGGACUGUCGACAUGAUCUCAGCCUCAGUACACCUGCGCGAUUCAACAUGCGCAGGGAAUGCGCCGACGUCCGAUCGAACGCCGCGCAAGUUGCUGCCCGGUGCCUGUGACUUGGACGACUAUCGGCGCACCCCUUCUAAUAUUCGACGAUCUCAGGCCCAAGGGUCUGUCAGGAAGAGACCCGCUACAACCACCUCCUUGUGGCUGCCGAACUCCUGGUCGUUCACACAUCUAUCCCUCGAUGUAGCAUACUUAGCAGUGAAUGCACGGCGUGUUUGUAGCUUUA